AAGGGUUUGCGGAAGUGACGUUUGAGAUGUUGUGGAAGUACGUCACAGGUUUCUAGCCAAAGGCGGCAGUGAUGGGAAAUUUGAAUUUUGCGGGCUAGCUAGCUAGCCGCUAGCGUAUGCCUCGGAUGUACAAUAAUCUGUUUUCUUUUCCCCAAAAAACCAUGGCGUCGUAUCAUCAUUUAUUACAACACACGAAACCGCGGUUUGAAUCUCCUGCCAAGGUGUUUGCUAAGCUAAAAUCCAAAGUGCAGAGAGAAGGGAUGUGCGCGACGGAGGGGGGUUUUACAGGCAAGGGUCCGCUGUGUAACGUUAGAGAGAAAAAUGGAGCAGGUUUAAAGUCGCCUUGGAAAAUAGCAGAGAGCACCUGGAUGAUCGAUGAGCCCAAGGAGAAUCAGAGGUUUGGUUCGUAUCGCAAUGAAGCGCAGGCUUUGACCCUCUCGCCCAUAUCGAGUCCUCAGAAAACUUUCGGGUACUCGUAUUCAGACAUUAGCAGCAAGCUUGUGGAUGAAAUGCCUCCUGUGACAGACAUAGGACAUGGAUAUGUACCAAGAAAGAAAGCCUUCCUGGAGUCAACAGCUGAGUCUCGUCCUCUCUCUCUGGUCAACAGAAAACAGAUCCUCACAGAGCCAGCACAGAUCAGAGACCUAGAUGGUUUUAAGGUGACCAGCAGGACUCCAGUAAAGAUACAGCCAGUAGAAAAGGACUGUGUAAGGAGUGUGUUUGAGGAGGAAUGUGUUCCUCUUGAAGAACUGACGUCUCCAGCUUAUAUGUUUUCCCCCAUGAGGAAGAGGUUGAGGAAGAGAAAAUGGGAGCCGCAGGAGUUUAACAAAGUCAGCAGCAGUACAAAGGAGGUUGGUAAUGAAGUCAUAAGUCAGCCACUUGAAAGGAAAACCUCCAGUGCUUUCAGUGAGGAUGACACCCACAACAACACUUGCAUGCAUCUUAGAGGAUUCUCUGCAGACCGAUCAGAGAGGAACCAGUUCACUCAUGAAGCCAUGUUCCCACGUUGUCAAGUUAUUGCGGAAAAAAUUCCUCCAAUGUCUCCAGCCAAGAUGUUUGCUUACAUGAAGGAGAGGGAAAGUAAAACAGAGCAGCUGGAAGUUCAUAAAGUCAGCAGCAGCACGAGGGUUCUCUUUGAUGGCGGUAAUCAGUCCAGAGACACGCCUCCCUCCACAGCUCACAGUAUGGGUGAGAUGGAGGACAUUGCCUUCACAAGUGUUUCAGAAAGUGCGGUUCCUGUCAACCGGUCCAGGGUAGAGUCAGCUGACAGCCAAUCAGACACAGAUCCCUCUGAGGAUGCCCUGAUUCCUGCUGUGCCGUCACAACCUGUUUUGCUCGAAGACCCGCUCGUACUCAACACGCCACAGAUCUCCAUACCGAAGAAACACAAGGCUGUGUUCAAGCGCAACAAAUGGCCCCAGCGUGCAAAAUUCCCAAGUGAGAGCGUGAUUUACCUCAAAAAGUGGUUCCUGAGGAAGAAUCAUACGGGCCUCUUUGUUGAUGGAAUCCACAGGGAGGACAACAUACCAUGGAACAGUAACAUCAUUGUGGAUAGGGUUUCUAAUUCUGUGGUGAAGACUGUCUCUGGCAGGGUUUACAUCUUGGUUGGCAAAAUGAACUUUGAUGUUGACUCUGUGUUUCCCAAGUGGCUUUUGAAGAAGUUUGUUAAUGGUUUUCCUCCAAACUGGAAGGCACUUUAUGAGAAGUUUCUGUCAGAGUCAAGAGACAGAGAAACAGAGAGGAACAGUGUGAAUAGAGGUACCAUAGCAAAGACAAAAUCUGAGGCAUCCUCCAUCAACGUAUCUGUGAAGCGGCACAGGCAAAAGCCUUUGAAGACACCUGAUUCCUGUCCUCCUCCCUCCUCGUCUUGUACAAAAGUUUCUCGAAGUGGUCGCGUGAUCAAGCCACCUCUGGAGUACUGGAAAGGAGGCAGAGUCAUUCUGGAUGCACACAUGAAUGUUACCAUCCAUGAAUGUUAUGAUACCUCCAUCUGCCAGCCUGAGGUCACUACAACAGUAUCUGCGAGGGCGUCUCAGAAACCUGCCUGUGUCUUCCUGCCCUGCAGUGAAGGCCGUAAGCAAUGUGAAUCAGCCAGUGACGAAGAGGCAUCAGUACUACUGCGGAGGGUCAAGGCUCCACUGCGCAAGCGCAACAGAGCCAAGGUUAACCCUGAAGAGAAGCCCUCUUGUUCACCUGAACCUCCUGUGGAGACACAUGGCAGCUCUGAAGAGUGGUCUGGCAGAAGGACAAGGUCCAGCCAAAGGUGUCCAGCUACAGAGAGAAUGUCGUAUGUGGACACUGUCCCUCAAAAGCAAAGUGAACCUGAAAAGUCUUCAACACGGAGGUCAAAAAAACAGACACAUGACACCACAAGGCCUUCGGUGAGAGCCUCAGGGAGCCAACGGGCUGUCCCAGCAUCCCCAGAAUCUCUUGCUGUUAAUGAUGAAACAUCACAGCAUCAGUCAUCAGAUGAUGAGUUCUGCAUUAGGAGAAAGAAGCGGGGGAAAGAAGUGCACAGGAAGGGAGGCGCGAAGGUUCUUAACAAGUCGCAGGCAAGUGGGUUUCCAUCGUCAUCAGAGUCCCCUGAGGAGAGCGGGAAGGAACUGAGGAAGAGAACCAGAGGGGCAAAAAAUAGCAAUGCUGCCCAAACAAAACAUAAACAGAGCAAAUGCACCAAGACAUCACCACCCACAAUGCCUUUGCCAAAGUCGACACAAUCCAGCAAAAAACACAAGGCAAGCAAAGGCAGCACACUGAAUUCACAACAGCAAGAUGAAGACGAGUGGACCGAGGCAGAGCUUAUGAAGCUACAAGAGGCUGUGUCGUACUAUCCCAAGCACAUGGCAGGUUACUGGGCAAAGGUGGCGAGGAUGGUUGGAACACGUUCUGCAGAAGAUUGCCACAACCAGCACACAUCCCAGGGAACCUCCCAGACUCCCGCCAAAAGAGCGAAGAAACCCAAAAAGGAAAAGGUGGAAGCACCAAAAGAUCCAGUUACAGAUCAUCCCGUGAUAUCUGCCCGAGUGGGUACCUUAAAGAGAAAGCAGCAGGUGCGUCAGUUCCUGGAGGCCAUGCCCAGAGAAGAUGUUGAUGACGUUUUCAGCUCUGCAUACAUGCAGAAUAAACGGUUUGAGAUCCCCUCAAUGUGUCCGAGUGAUGACCAUGACUUCACAUUGUCAGAUCUAGAGCCCCUGACCCCCAGGUCGACAGGUUUCCCCGAAGUUAAGACUCCUCAGUGUCUGCAUAUCACUCCUGGCAUGAUGGGCUCCCCAAACAGGACCAACAAUGACAAGUACGUCUAUCAACUCCAGAAGAGGAUGAAAAAAAGUCAGUUUAAUGUCUGCAAACAGGCUCCUCCAUCAAAGAGCUUCACACCCACGCCAUCAGUUAAACGAACAAUGAGAAGAUGUGGUAACACAGAAAAUGAUACCUUUGUUGUUUGGGAGAUGUUCCCGGGAAACGAUGGAGCGCUGUCUGAAAGCGGAGAGGAAGAGGAUUUUUAUUUCUCAGACAAUGACUGAUUGGAGCUGAAACAUCAUAUCACUUUUUUUUUUAUCUAAAAUUAUUCGCAUGAAUUAAAGCCAAUGGAGACAGAGGAGAGAUGUGACUUUUUCCUUGUUUAACUCCUCAAAUGUGAACAAUAAAACAGUUGCAGUUUGGCUCUCCUGUCUUUCACAUGUAAGAGUUGUUGUUUUUUAACAUGUAAACUCAGGAUUUGAUCUCAUCAGUGUGAAACAAAUGCAGGAUAUGAUUGCUAAUUGGCCAAUGCAAUUGAUUUGCAGCUUUUAAACACAACCUGCAAUGGAAUGUAUAAACACAUUUUUGUUUUGAGACAAUGUGGCCUGUUUAAGUUGUAAAGUUAAAUGUAAUAGUUGUAAAUUGUUUUACAACUUUAAUAUGCAACAUGCUGUCAAAACAGUUGUGUUGCUGUCUUCCAGUUUGUCCCUAUAAAUAUAGUUUUUGUUUAAAGUUUUAGUCCCAAAAGUCAGUUGUAACCAUACUUUUAAUAAACAUUCUUUAAGUCUUA